CUGCAUCAGCCCAACUGCCACAUUAAAUAAACAAACCAUUUUCCCUCUUCUCCCUCUCAUUCCCAUCACCAACUCUCUCUCUCUCCCCUUGUCUUUCUCUCUCUACACACAAACACAGAGGAACAGAAUUGACAGAUCGUCAGCAAUCAUGUCUUCGAUUCUGUCAUCACAGAGCGUGGUGUUGGCCACCGCCAUGGCAGUUUCCGGCACAGUGAUUCUGCUCGCCGCUCGCCGCCUCCAAAAGCCGCCGUCGACGACUGCCCAUUUUCCACUGCUACCAUCUUGCAUCAUUCCUUCCUCAGAUGAAGGGAAGAAAAGGAAGAAGAAGAAGAAGGUGCACUUUGCAGAAGAUGUGGUGGACCCAAUUGGGAAUAGUGAAGAAUACCGGAAAUCACAUAAGGCUAAUCUCAAUAAAUAUUCAAAUUCAACCACUUUAAAUAAAGGUAGGAAAAUUCAAGAAAUGCCAGCCAAUAGAUUGGCCCUUUACAAUGGCAUGUUGAGAGAUAGAGUCCUCCACAAGGUUGCAUAUGCAUGUUCAUGAUCAUCUUUGCAGAUUGAUAUAAUUUUUUUUUUUUUUGGGGGGGGGGGGUUUGUAACAAGAAUUUGGUCAAAAAUUUCUUUGUUUGUUAAUAUAGUUGAAGAUUUAGCAAUGAGUUGGAAUUGUGGGUGUAGGAAAUAGGAAUUAAUUAGAUGGUGAGAUUGAGCGGUUGAGGUAUGUACAAAGGUUUCUUUCACAAUAUGCGAGAAUGAUGCUGCACCUAACCGGUCUGUCAAGAUUGUUGUCUCGUAAAUCACUCUACUUGUUGGGAAGUUUUGCAUGUAAGAAAAUGAGUUUGGAAAGUUUGCACAUGCUCUUCUCUUGUCAUCUUUUGAAACUUGAUUAAUGUUCUAUUUUAUAAUUAUUGUUGCACCCGUGCAUUA